CAAAACAUCAUCCAGACAAGGCCAUAUUACGUGUCCCGACCUUGUAUUGAGCAUUACACGCAAAUGUUUUCAUAGAGACCAAGCAGACAUUUUUUGCCUUAAAUACAAGAAUUGGCACUGUAGCACCUGGAAUUUGCCUCUAGGAGCAUAGACAAUCCCCUUGGGCAGUCAGAAAAUCACCCAAAGGCAUCGUGCUGGGGGGGAUACACUAAUAACGCUCGCUGUUCCAUCCAAAGACUUGCAAGUUGUUCUAGGCGAUUUCUACGUUUCGGGCUCGAGCGGGUCUUGGCAUCCUCCCGUCAAACGCUUCGUCCUUUGGAAUCUCAAUCUCCAGAAAAUCGAACAUCCCCCAUAUUGCUGCCACCUUCACUCCUCCAGCUCCAGCUCGCACAUAACCUCAGCUCCCACACCUCAUGACCACCGCCUGGCUCGCUGUAAGCUUGCACCGCGUUAACCGGCUGUUCAUUGAGCCAGUAUUAUUUCCUUUCCCCUAUCCGCUUGAUUAACCACGCCGUGAAUCCGUACCGUAUACCUGCAGAUAGGGGACGUCUCAUUCCCGGCCAUUCGUUUCCUCUCGAAUAAGAGCUCUCCCUUCCCAGCGUCCACUAUCUCCCCUCUACGAACCGCUGCUGAACUCUUCGGAUUUUUCUCCAUACUCGAAUUCCCUUCCUCGUGGUGGCAGCUGUAACUUGCUGUUGUUAACUCUCUCAGGCUGGCUUCUUGAACAUCCCCCCGGUCCAGGAGCUCUAUCGCCAUCAAGUUCCCCUUUAAAAUAAAAAAAAACUAAAAAAAAAAAAGAAAUCCAGAAAGCUCCUUUCCAUCUGUGCCGAAUUUCCUCAAAUCCACCAGUUCGUGCCCAUGGGGUUCGUACAACGCCUCGCGAAGCGAGUGCCUUACUUGCCCGCAGCCCCUGCCUUUGAUAGCGCUGUGAAUGAAAAGGGCGCCAUAAUACCCAAAUUCGCUUUCUUCAAGCGGCGGAUACGACUCCGAAGGAACUCUGCCAUCUCAAUACCACUGGGCUUUGUUCUGUUAUUUCCUUGCAUCGUAAUAGUUCUUAUAUUCCUUCUCAUUGUCACUCAUCCUUCUUCUCCUGGUCGGAUUUUGAUGCCAGCUGGAACGCCUCCGACAAUUAGAAAAAUUAGCGAAAAACAUGACAAAGUUUUUGCUACUGGCUGUCUUGAAAUGGACACCAGUACUCCAAGAGCAAAUGCGGCCUUCGUUGUCUUGGCGAGAAAUAAGGAAUUAGAUGGAGUGAUUCAAUCCAUGAAAUCUAUCGAACGACAUUUCAACCGAUUCUACAAUUACCCUUAUGUUUUCCUAAAUGACGGCGACUUUGACCAGAAUUUUAAAGAUACAAUUGCCAACUAUACCAGUUCUUCGCUGGAAUUCGGUAAAAUCGACCCUUCCAUGUGGGGAUACCCUGACUGGAUCGACCAUGAAGUAGCCAAAGAAGGAAUUAGGAAACAAGGAGAUGCUGCAAUUAUGUAUGGUGGCAUGGAGAGUUACCACCAUAUGUGUCGAUUUUAUUCUGGAUUUUUCUACAGGCACGAGCUACUCAUGAAGUAUGAGUGGUACUGGCGUCUGGAGCCAGAUAUCAAAUAUUUCUGCGAUAUCACCUAUGAUCCAUUCCUCAAAAUGAUCGAACACAAUAAAACCUACGGUUUCACUAUUGCUGUUAAAGAACUCAGGGAAACCGUUCCAAACCUCUUCCGUUAUGCUUCCGCCUACAAGAGAACAAACAAUAUCACAUCCCAGGGUUUGUGGGAAAUGUUCCUUGAGGAUCCCCCACAGCCCAAGGAGCCAACAAAGGAAGAUGCAGAGGAUGAACCAUUGCCAGAUGAAAUCUUACAAACGCAACCAGGUGAUAGAGGCAUUAAAGAUGUCGAUCCUGAAGCCAUGGAAGGGGAAAAGUAUAACAUGUGCCAUUUCUGGAGUAACUUUGAAAUCGCUCGACUUGAUUGGUUCCGUAGCAAGGAGUACGAGGACUUCUUCAACAUGAUGGACAAAAGUGGUGGAUUCUGGAUGGAACGUUGGGGUGAUGCACCAAUCCAUUCGCUUGCAGCCGGUGUCCUACUCGCGCCAAAAGACAUCCAUUACUUCCGAGAUUUUGGAUAUCGACAUACAACAAUCCAGCACUGCCCAGCCAACGCUCCCGCUCGUCAGCAGGAUAGGAUUCCCUAUCUCGAAAUGACCACUCUAGACCCGAAAAAACGACAAGAGGAAGACGAAUACUGGGAUGUUACAGACGUGCCCAAAGAAAACGGGGUGGGCUGCCGGUGUAGAUGCGACACGGAUAUCACCGACGUAGAAGGAAAACCAGGAAGUUGUUUGGCCGAAUGGGUCGAAGUUGCUGGAGGCUGGGCAUCACCCUAGACAUUUCAUAUACCAGGCUAACCAACGCUGAUAUAAUUCUUGGACCGCUCGAUCGAUUUUCUCUCAUCCUCAUUGCCCAAAAAAAAAAAAAAAAAAAAAAAAAAAAAAAAAAAAAAAGAAAGAAAAAAGAAAAAAGAAGAAAGAAGAAAAAAGAAAAGGAAGAAAAGGAAAGAAAAAAAGCCAAUACAGACCAGGCUAGAUCAAGUUUUUGUUUUCUCUCAAAUAUCCGAACAACCCCCUUUGGCCAUCUUGGAGUUUAUUAUUCUUACCCCUGCACGAGCUAUUUCUUCUCGUCUCUUUUCAUUUCUUUUCUCUGUUUAACCGCUUAUUGGGAAUUAAGGCGUUUUUGCAUGUCAUACUUAAUUCACGGCUUUUUUUACUUGCCUUCUUACUCUUCAAUUUUGUUUUAUCGCUCCCCUUUUUCUUUUUCGUAUCAACCCUAAUGUCGUCGCGCCUUUCCGCAAACCUAUUUUUCGAUGUCUCCGCUACUCCACCAGGCUUUCGAAACUUGGCAUUUAGUCAGGCAUCGUGUUGUCAUUCUGGGUAUAUAGGAUGUGCUCUUUUGGAAACAAGUGCACUCGCAAAGUGACCCCCGGAUAUACAGACAUUUUGCAUCCUACCAUUACCACACGAUCAGGGAAAGCAGUCCCGCCAGGCCUUGCUAUAUAACACUGCUGUUGGGGCUGCUACUUGGGGGGCUACUACUACCACCAGCCCUAAUUAGUCAUCGCCUUGUAUAUAUACCUCUCAUUCAGCGUCGAGACUUUCAUUUUUGCAUCCAAAACCUACGGCUGUGGAUACACUCUCAGGUCAGAAAUAACGGGACACAGUCCUACCUCGAGAAUUGACAAUUCGCAAACCAACCAACCACCCACCCCGGCUCAUCUGUCUAAUGCAUCAAAGAAAACAAAAAGAAUGGCAACAUAUAGACAUUCGCUGCGGUGAAAGAUUGUUGAACAAUACCGACUCGAUUGAUUGACGCAUUUUAAUCCAUGCGGGAAACCUAGACAAAAACAUUCAUACCCAUCACCGAACAAACAAAAAGACCGGCCAACACAGACACGGCAAUUAUCUAUUUUAAUCCUUCUUCCAACCCUUAUUUGUUUCUAGCUUACUUAAAAACCUUCCAUUUAUCCAUUUUUUUUCCCCUUACUGUAGUUUUUAUUUUACCACUUUGUUUCUUUCCUUCUUUUGGUUUCUUCCUUUCUGUGCUCUAUUCUUUUUUUUUACUUUCUGAAACUGUAAAUGUACAUACAUCCGUAAGACUGCUACUCUUUCCCUUAUAUAGCUGACCCUUUUCUGUUUUGCUCACCGUCCUGCUUCUAUUACAUCCCUUAUUAUAUAAUAUUCCUCUUUUUCAAUUUGUUCGCCUGCUUCUUUUUGGGUGCUGGUUUUAAUUGAUCCAUUGAUUGGCUUAUUAUUAUUGGUUAAUUGGUUCAUACUCCUUUCCUCCGUAGCUGUUUUCUUUUAUAUUUCUCUUUUUCCAGUCCAUCCCGCUAGGAUAAGUAAACAGAAGGAAAUCAUCUAGAUAUCUAGUUAUAUGUAACCACCGGAGAAAUGGUUAUGAAUAUAGAGGACAAUGAUGGGAGACUGAAUGUGAUGAGAAUGUACUAU